AUGGUCGGUCCAGCAGGAGGUCUCAGUAAGUUCGAAAGCAUAGUCCUCUCAUCCACGCUCUUCGGCAACAUCGCAGCAAAGGGGUACACCAUAACCAUCAACUUCCAGCUCCUCCUCUCAUACUUUUCCCGAAGGUCCGCAAAUAUCUCUUACGACGCGUAUGCGCCGAUGAUGACAUCGGUGGCAAGCCUCGUUGAAAUUCGUGACACCGCAGAUUUCAUUGAGAGUCUGGAGACCUUCGUCCCUCUCAUUAGGUAUUGGUCUGUGGCAUCCCUCAAUGUGAACCGUGGACCGUGGACUGUGGUGCUCGUCGACGACCUCUGGUUCUGUGGCGUCAACUGCGCGAGGUAG